GAAGUUUUAUAGCUGAAAAGGCGUGCGAGAGCGUGACGGGCAGCAGACUCUCUCGCUAUCGGAUCCUGGAUUUUUGGCACCGAAAAUAGCAGGGCGGGCGCUCGGUGUGCGGCGCUCGCGCAGUGCGUGUCGCUCCGCCGUGUGAACAGCCCGCUCGUGAGGCCCAUUGGCGUAUUUUCUGUAGAAAAAGCAAACACACAAAGCCGCCACCAUGGACGCGAUCAAGAAGAAGAUGCAGGCGAUGAAGCUGGAGAAGGACAACGCCAUGGACAAGGCGGACACCUGCGAGCAGCAGGCCAGGGAUGCCAACCUCCGCGCCGAGAAGGUGAAUGAGGAAGUCCGUGAGCUCCAGAAGAAGCUGUCGCAAGUGGAGGAGGUCCUCACCCAGAGCAAGAACCAGCUCGAGACCGCCACCAAGACCCUCGAGGAGAAAGAGAAGACCCUCACCACCACCGAGGCUGAGGUCGCCUCCCUCAACAGGAAGGUGCAGCAGAUUGAGGAGGACCUUGAGAAGUCCGAGGAGAGGUCCGGCACUGCCCAGCAGAAGCUGCUCGAGGCCCAGCAGUCCGCUGACGAAAACAACCGUAUGUGCAAGGUGUUGGAGAACAGGGCGUCGCAAGACGAGGAGCGCAUGGACCAGCUCACCAACCAGCUCAAGGAGGCGCGUCUGCUCGCUGAGGACGCCGACGGCAAGUCCGACGAGGUGUCCCGCAAGCUGGCCUUCGUUGAAGACGAGCUGGAGGUCGCUGAGGACCGCGUCAAGUCCGGAGACUCCAAGAUCGGCGAGCUUGAGGAGGAGUUGAAGGUCGUAGGUAACUCCCUGAAGUCCCUGGAGGUAUCCGAGGAGAAGGCCAACCAGCGCGUGGAGGAGUUCAAGAAACAGCUGAAGACCCUCACGAGCAAGCUGAAGGAGGCCGAGGCUCGCGCCGAGUACGCCGAGAAGACCGUUAAGAAACUGCAGAAGGAGGUCGACAGGCUCGAAGACGAGCUGGGCAUCAACAAGGACAGAUACAAGUCUCUGGCCGACGAGAUGGACUCCACCUUCGCCGAGCUGGCCGGAUAUUAAAAAAAAUAAGCUCCCGCGCACUCCAAUACGAACCCACGAGCCUUCUCUUUCUAUCACACUCGUGCGACAGAGAGAGACUCUUGCGUUUGAUGUAACAAUUCAUACUGCUACCUGCAGAAAUGAACAUCGACUAUCGUGAUGUAAUAAUAUUUAUUAUUUUAUGUAAAUUUAUUUACGAUUUUGAAUAAAAUUAAUUUAUAACAUC